GCCUCGCUGGAAGCGUGGAAUCCGUUUUCCUUUUGACGUCUCCUUCCUUACGUUUUGAAUAGACCCAACAACGUAGUUUGCCCGCAACGAAGCUCCGACAAGAACGUGGCUUUUAAAAUACACAACGUAUCGCCACGGUGAGGCUACUACCAGAUCUGGGCUGCAAAAAUCCAAACGACCACAACAUGGCAGCAAAUAGCUACAGUAAACGCUAAGCCGUCGCUGCCAUCCCGAGGUCGCCUAGACUUUGGCGGCUGGGAUCUGGCCCGAGAACUGUGGAGACGCGUCAUGUGAGAACGGGGCGGAGCUCCUUGCUUCUUACAGCCGUUGGCGCUGGAAGUCAUCGGAGCAGGAAGCAAGAACCGGGCGGAUGGCUUGUAAAUAACACCAGUACUGUAUACGGAAAGCAACAUUUGCCUUUCUACUAAAAGCAAGCAAGGAAUUACACAGAUAAGUGUUGGUUUCGGUGGCGUAAAUUCUGUAAAUUCUCAGCAAAACAGAAAGGAAGGGAAGGUCCUCUUGAAGAGCCGAAGAAAGAGGUGAUUGCAACCUUAUCCAAAUACCGGAAGCGUUUGGACUGGCUAGUUGUCCCGACCUUGUGCCCUCCAAACGUGCUCGAAUGAAACAUGCCAGCAUUCUUGCCCGCAGAGCAAGUUGGCUGGGCAUUCCACACGCUAUAGUCCUGUGGGUUACAAGGUGGAGGAAAGCUGGAAUAAAUUCAUCCUGCGUUCAGUCACUGAAGUAGUUUUCACCUACUUGCUCCUUUCUAGAUAAGUUCUAGUGCUGCCAGAAGAAAGGAAAUCCAGAGAAUUCCUUACAGAGUCAAGUCAGAGACUGAAAGCAAAUGGAGAACUGGCAAGGAAUCCCCCACUCUGUCAGCAGUAAUACAACAGAUCUAACCAUUGGCUUUACUUCUUCAGCAGUCGCUGUUGUCUUAUUUGGAACAAACUUUGUACCAGUGAAGAAGUUUGACACUGGGGAUGGAAUGUUCUUUCAGUGGGUUCUUUGUGCUGCUAUCUGGAUUGUUUCUUUAAUUGUUAACCUGAUUCAGAACAGCCCUAGAUUUUGGCCUCUUGCUAUGGUUGGUGGCUUUUUAUGGGCUACAGGUAAUGUAACAGUUGUCCCAGUUGUUAAAACCAUUGGGUUAGGCCUUGGUCUUUUAAUCUGGGCUUCUUUUAACUUGAUAACUGGCUGGGCAAGUUCAAGAUUUGGUUGGUUUGGAAUUGACCCAGAAGAAGUCAGAAGACCAGUUCUGAAUUACGUUGGAGCAGCACUUUCAGUACUGAGCACCAUCAUAUUUCUUUUCAUAAAAAGUGAAGUUCAGAACUCUUCACCAUCUUCAGAAAGCACUCCAUUAUUAAGAGAACAGUCUAUCAACACUUCUGAAUACAGAGUUGAAAACAGGAGCGAUGUAUCUUGGGUGGACAACCUUUCUCCAUUGGGAAAGAGAAUGGUAGGCUGCUCUUUGGCUGUGAUAGCUGGGAUAUUGUAUGGCUCUAGUUUUGUACCUGUGCUUUACAUCAAGGACCACGGCAGAAGAAAUGGAACUGUGUAUACAGGAGCCAGUCAAUUUGAUUUAGAUUAUGUAUUUGCCCACUUCAGCGGCAUCUUCCUUACAAGUACUAUCUACUUUUUGAUCUACUGUGCAGCAAUGAAAAAUAACCCUAAGGUUUAUCCUGCAGCUAUAAUACCAGGAUUUAUUUCUGGCAUAUUAUGGGCAAUAGCCAAUUGCUGCUGGUUCUUAGCAAACCGCUACCUCAGUGCUGUUGUGAGCUUCCCAAUAAUCACUGCUGGUCCUGGUUUUAUAGCUGCAAUGUGGGGAGUGUUGGUGUUUAAAGAAAUAAAGGGACUGAAAAACUACCUGCUGCUCUUAAUAGCAUUCUGCAUUAUUUUGGCUGGAUCCCUCUCUACAGCUUUUUCUAAAGUGUGAAGAAACAUCUUUUAAUCCAGCAGAUGGCACCACUAGUUAAUACAUGUAAGACUUUCAAGAAGAUUGCAUCUGCUCUUUGGGGGUCACUGAUACCUUUGUUCUCACCAGAAAAAACAGAAAACCUUCAGAACUUCUUUUGCUUAAUGCAGAACAUUCAUUGUGGUCUUCCUUCAUUUUUAAAAAUAAAAAAUACAUUUUUUAAAAGAA